UUCCAUUUGGCAUCACAAAUAACAAGCUAGACAACACAUAUUUGAGAUUUAUACAUUGGCCAAUCUAUAGGUACAUUAUACGCGGGUAAGCAAAUCUUCAUUUGGUUUUUUAAGUAUGGCGAACUUGAAGGCACUUAGUUUGGUCAAUUUGCUUCUACUUUUCACUUUGGUCAUGGUGACCGAAAGUCAUGUGGCAAGAAAGGACUUAGGGUUGGAUUUGGGGGGGAUAGGUGUAGGUAUAGGUGCUGGAAUUGGUAUCGGGUUGGGAGGUGGUGGUUCAGGGUCGGGUGCAGGUGCGGGUGCUGGCUCUGGCUCUGGGUCUAGCUCGUCCUCUAGCUCCUCGAGCUCUAGUUCUAGUUCGAGUUCUGGGUCUGGAGGAGGUGGCUCGGAAGCCGGAUCCUCUGCUGCUUCUUCAGCUGGAUCUAGAGCCGGAUCUGGCGGAGGGCGAAGGGGAGGACGUGGAUGAGAGGGUGGUGGUCGUGGAGGAGGGUCGAGCAAAUGUUGAGAUAAAUAUCUAUGUUUAGUGAUUAUAUUUAGAACAUUACUUUAGUCAUUUCCUAAUAAUAAUCAAUAAGAGAGUUUUAAUACUCAUAUAUGUAAUGUACGUGAUUGUAAUUUGUAACUUAAAAACUUAAUGUGAAACAUCAUUAUGUAGUAAUCUAUUUCGCACACUAUAUUGUAUAUCUAACCUCUUUCUC